AUGAGCGGCUCCGGACCUCUGCACAUCGGCCUCAUCAAUUGUAACAAUAAAUAUCUGACCGCCGAGUCAUUCGGCUUCAAGAUCAACGCGUCCGCCUCCAGCCUGAAGAAGAAGCAAGUGUGGACCCUGGAGCCGGUGGGGGAAGAAGCCGUGCUGCUGCGGAGCCAUUUAGGCCGUUAUCUGUCCGCGGAUAAGGAUGGCCGGGUGUUCGGGGAGGCGGAGAGCCCGGACUCGGAGUGCCGCUUUUUAGUCAGCGCUCAGGGGGACGGCCGCUGGGUGCUGCAGUCUGAGGCGUACAGCCGAUACCUGGGGGGUUCGGAGGACCGGAUCAGCUGCUUCUCCCCCUCCGUGUCCCCCGCGGAGAAGUGGGGUGUCCAUUUACACAUGCACCCCCAGGUCACCAUCUACAGUGUGACUCGGAAGAGGUACGCCCGCCUGGGCUCCAAUGGCGAUGAGCUGUCCGUGGAGCGGGACGUGCCCUGGGGUCUGGACUCCCUCAUCACCCUUCUCUUCCAAGAAAACCGAUACAGCAUCCAGACCCCGGACCACCGGCUUCUGGCCAUGGACGGCACCCUGCGGACCGAGCCGGGCCCCGACACUCGCUUCACGCUGGACAUCUCGGCCGGCAAGGUGGCAUUCCGGGCGAGUGAUGGCCGCUACCUAACCCCUUCUGGGCCCAGCGGCACCCUAAAAGCCGGCAAGAACAGCAAGGUGGGCAGAGACGAGCUCUUCGUGCUGGAGAGAAGUUGUCCACAGGUUGUGUUGACAGCUGGAAAUGGCCGCAAUGUGUCUACGAGGCAAGGGAUAGACCUCUCAGCCAAUCAAGAUGAAGAGAGUGACCAAGAGACUUUUCAACUGGAAAUCAAUAAAGACACGAAGAAAUGUGCAUUUAGGACUCAUACUGGGAAGUACUGGACCCUUUCCAAUAAUGGUGGCAUCCAAGCUACUGCUUCAAUGCUAAAUGACCAGUGUUACUUUGACAUUGAUUGGUGUGAUCGGCGGAUAACUUUAAGGGCAGCAAAUGGAAAAUACGUGACUGCUAAGAAGAAUGGACAGCUGUCAGCAUCUGUGGAUUCUCCUGUGGAGACGGAGCAUUUCUUGAUGAAACUUAUCAACCGUCCACUGAUUGUCCUAAGAGGAGAACAUGGAUUCAUAGGCUGCCGUAAAUUGACCGGGACCCUCGAUUCUAACCGCUCAAUUUAUGAUGUCUUUCAACUGGAAUUUAAUGAUGGGGCUUAUAACCUCAAAGAUUCCACCGGGAAAUUUUGGACCGCAGGCAGUGAUACAUCUGUCACCAGCAGUAGUUCUUCCCCUGUUGAUUUCUUCUUUGAAUUCUUUGAUCAGAAUAAAGUAGUGAUCAAGGUGAAUGGCCUCUACCUGAAGGGUGAUCAUGCUGGAGUUUUGAAAGCCAAUGGAGAGUCUAUGGACUCCUCUACCCUGUGGGAAUACUAAAA